UUUAGUAAUAAUAAACCCGUAAGGUUAUUAAGAUCUAUAGUCGUUAGUACCCCAUUCGGUAAUAUUACUUUUUAUAUCUUACUAAUUAAUACUCCUUUUUUAUACUACUUAAGGAAUAUAAAUAAGCUAAGAGUAUAUUUUAAUAAUAUUAAUAACCUACUAGUUAAGGGAGAUAUUAUAGUACUUAUUAUUCGUAAAUAG